AUGCCCACCAUGACUUUCUUUGUUCUGUUGUCUUUGGCCAGCCUCCUGACAUCAUGUCUGUCCUUGGCCCUUCCCACAGUGGGUGGGAACGGCAAGGUCGGCGUCGUUGACAUUUCGAUUCCGUCCAACAGGCACGAUGACCAAUACUACGUCGCCAACCUUGAUUUUAAUGGUCAGACCAUUCCGGUCCUCAUUGACACCGCUUCAGGGGAUCUUUUCGUUGGGUCAAAUCAAUGCAGCACGACCAACUCAACUAGUGGAUGCUACCGCAGCCCCGUUUACCAGAUCGACAACCAAACCACAAUCAUUGCAAAUGAGACAUUUGGAACCGUCGUCGGCGUUGCCGGCGUUAUUGGCAACCAGUCCAUCAUGCCAGUGGAUUUUGGAGGCGUUACGGUCCCUGAUCUGGCCACCCCUCUCCUCUUUUAUGCUGGUCAGGGCGAGUUCCAAAACGGUUCCUUUGGCGGAAUCUUCGGUCUCGCCCCACGCAACGUCUCUCGCAAUUACUACUUCUUCGAGCGCCUUCCCCCGGUCGAGGCCAUGAUUACAAAAGGCCUCUUGGAAAAGCCUGUCAUGUCACUGACGUUGCCGCGGCUGGGCGAUCCCGCUUCCCCCACGACCGGUAAAUUGACAUUUGGCGCCAUCGAGGACGUUGCCACCAUCGGAGACAUUUCUUACAACGACAUCAUUGACACGCCAAACUACGGCUACGAAGACGGCCGUCUCUCACCGCAGUCCUGGACCUCCCAGCUGCUCGGCGUGCGCAUGAACGGCGUCGAGAUCAACCUCACGCGGAGCUCCAUUGACGCCGAAGGCCGCUAUCUCUCCCUCUUCGACUCGGGCGCGCAGACGAUCCUCCUCCGCUACCAAGAAUUCACCGCCGUCGCCGCCCUCUUCCACGGCCCGACCAUCGUGCAGGACGGAUACGCCGUCUUCUUUGACUGCAGCAUCCCGCAGCUUCUGGAACUCAAAUACCACGGUGACGACCGCUGGUUCGCCGUCGAUCCGCUUGAUCUCAUUAUCCCGAGUGAUCAUGGUGUUGUCAAUGGGACGGUGAUGUGCAAGUCGGCGCUGGGCACGUGGAGCAGGACAUUUGCGGAUAGUAUCAUGGGGGUGCCGUUUAUGCGGAACGUUCUGAGUGUGUUUGAUUACAAGACAGAGGAUUUGUAUAGCGUGCAGCCGAGGGUGGGGUUGGGGGCGUUGACAGAUGCUAAGGAGGCGGUGGGGAGGUAUGCCGAGGUUUACCAGAACAGGCUGCUGUAG